CCAGGUACGUUCAAAUAACGAACGGGGAAAUGAAACGAAGUAUGGACUGUGAGACGAAGCUGCCAACCGAAACAUUCUGGAAUGAAACGUUCCUGUCCGUAAAGCUCCCAGAACGCCUCGCCUUACUUCCCGCUCUUCUGUCCAACUCUCCCCUUCUCCCGGAUCUCUCUUUAGACGCUUUCUCUCCCCAUCUCUCUGUCUCCCUUUCUCUUCUGGUUUUGUUCCCACCUCUGCAACUCUCUCUCUCUCUCUCUCUCUCAUUUUCUUUCUUUCUUUCUGGGUUAUGGUGAAACCAAUCUUCUUUUGAUGAUUGUGUUUUAAGAUUGAGUAAAUAUGGAUGAUAAAGACAAUAACAGACUUAUUGAAGACGACGAGAGGGAGGCCUUGGCUGGGUUAAGCGCUGUCCCGCCGCCCCGAAAGAUCCAGUCUCAUAGCCAACAACUCCGUGCUACCUCUUCUCAUAAACGUCACGCCCAUGUCCGCAAGCACAGCCUCGAAGAAGUUCAAAUCCCCAAAAGCGUAGAGCACCGCCAGGGCCCCAACUAUGACUCUUCUGAAGAGGACUUCUUCAUUUACUCCUCCUCAUCCACCACCACCACCACUUCUCCUACUGGUGAGAGGCCAGACCAGAACCUCUGCAUGGAGGCUGCUCCCGAUGACUACCGGCAGUUGCAACCAUUACCGGAGUUCAUCGGGAGCGGCGGCGCAAGUGGAAUAUUUAAGGUCCCGACUCGUGCACCGGUCCAUCCUGGCCGCCCGCCAUGCCACGAGCCGAGGCCUCACCCGUUGAGAGAGACUCAGGUGGGCAAGUUCUUGAGAAACAUCGCGUGCACGGAAACGCAGUUGUGGGCAGGGCAAGAGAGUGGAGUGAGAGUGUGGGAAUUCGAGAACACGUAUGAUCCCGGGUGCGGGCUUGGUGGGUUUGGUGGGAGGGUGAGGAGGGGUGAUGAGGAUGCGGCACCGUUUCAUGAGUCUGUGAACACGUCCCCUACGCUGUGUUUGAUAGUUGAUAGUGGGAAUAGGUUGAUUUGGAGUGGGCAUAAGGACGGGAAGAUUAGAUCCUGGAAGAUGGAUCAGCCUUUGGACGAUGCGCCAUUCAAGGAAGGUCUUUCGUGGCAGGCGCAUCGUGGUCCUGUUUUUUCAAUGGUUUUGACAUCUCACGGUGAUCUGUGGUCAGGUUCUGAAGGCGGUGUUAUCAAGAUCUGGCCAUGGGAAUCCCUUGAAAAAUCUCUCUCUCUAAAACCAGAGGAAAAACAUAUGGCUGCUUUACUUACUGAGAGGUCAUUUAUUGACUUGAGAAGCCAAGUCACUGUUAAUGGUGCCUGUAGUUUAUCUUCUCAAGAUGUAAAGUGUUUGGUAUCCGAUCAUGUUAGAGCUAAAGUUUGGUGUGCUACUCUCCUAUCCUUCUCGUUGUGGGAUGCUCGUACAAGGGAGCUUCUAAAAGUAUUUAAUGUGGAUGGUCAGCUAGAGAAUAGAGUUGACAUGCCGUCAGUGCAGCAAGAUCAAAUAGUAGAAGAUGAGAUGAAAAUCAAAUUUGUUUCCCCGUCAAAAAAGGAGAAAUCCCAGAGUAGUAGCUUUUUGCAACGGUCACGUAAUGCUAUAAUGGGAGCUGCAGAUGCUGUUCGUCGAGCUGCAAAGGGGACAGGGUCAUUUGUAGAAGAUGGUAAGAAAACGGAAGCACUAGUGCUAGCAGCUGAUGGAAUGAUUUGGAGUGGGAGUACAAGUGGUUUACUUGUGCAGUGGGAUGGGAAUGGAAAUCGACUGCAAGAAUUUAAUCACCUCCCUUGUUCUGUCCAAUGUUUUUGUACUUCUGGGACACAAAUUUAUGUAGGCUAUGUGACAGGUGUUGUCCAAGUAUUGGAUCUUGAGGGAAAUCUAAUUGCAGGAUGGGUUGCUCACAAUGGUCCUGUGAUAGAUUUGGCAGUUGGAACUGAUUAUGUUUUCAGCUUAGCUACUCAUGGUGGUAUACGUGGAUGGAACGUGACAUCUCCUGGGCCUCUUGACAACAUAAUACGAACAGAAUUGGCAGCAAAGGAGCUGACAUAUACCAAACGAGAUAAUGUCAGAAUCUUAGUUGGCACGUGGAAUGUUGGUCAAGAGAGAGCCUCUCAUGACUCACUUAAGUCAUGGUUGGGUUCUGUUGUAUCCGACGUAGGCAUCGUAGUUAUAGGGUUGCAAGAAGUAGAGAUGGGUGCUGGUUUUCUUGCAAUGUCUGCAGCAAAAGAAACCGUAGGACUGGAAGGGAGUUCUGUAGGGCAAUGGUGGUUGGACACGAUUGGUAAGGCCUUAGAUGAAGCAACAACUUUUGAGCGAAUGGGUUCUAGGCAGCUAGCAGGCUUGCUUAUUUCUCUUUGGGUGAAAAAGAAUCUUAGACCAUAUGUCGGGGACGUUGAUGUUGGAGCAGUUCCAUGUGGCUUUGGUCGGGCAAUUGGUAACAAGGGAGGUGUUGGUGUGAGAAUCAGAGUAUAUGACCGGAUAAUGUGCUUUGUAAACUGCCACUUGGCCGCACAUCUGGAAGCCGUCAAUCGUCGCAAUGCUGAUUUUGAUCACAUAUAUCGAAAUAUGGUCUUCAGCCGCUCAUCUAAUCUACUUAAUAAUGCAUCCGCUGGUGUUUCAACUGCUGCUCAGCCUCGGAAUACAAAUGCUGGGAGUGGCAACUCUGAAGAACCAAGGCCUGAGUUAUCUCAAGCAGAUAUGGUUGUAUUUCUAGGGGACUUCAAUUACCGCCUUUUUGGUAUAUCUUAUGAUGAGGCAAGGGACUUUGUUUCGCAAAGAUGCUUUGAUUGGCUCAGAGAAAAGGAUCAGCUGAGGGAAGAGAUGAAAGCUGGGAGAGUUUUCCAGGGAAUGCGAGAGGCACUCAUAAGAUUCCCUCCAACAUACAAGUUUGAGAGGCACCAAGCAGGUUUAGCAGGAUAUGAUUCUGGUGAGAAGAAACGCAUUCCUGCCUGGUGUGACCGAGUAAUAUACCGUGACAAUCGAUCGGCUUCAGUGUCUGAUUGCAGUUUAGAGUGCCCUGUGGUCUCAUCAAUUUUACAGUAUGAAGCAUGCAUGGAUGUGACCGACAGUGAUCACAAACCUGUCCGGUGUAAAUUCAAUGUUAGAAUUGCUCAUUCUGAUAAAUCUGUAAAGAGACAGGAGUUUGGGAGAAUUUUCAGAUCUAAUGAGAAAAUCAGGUCUAUUCUUGAAGAAUUAAGUUAUGUUCCUGAAACCAUUGUGAGCACCAACAGCAUAGUCCUUCAACACCAUGAUUCCUCCAUUUUGCGAAUUACCAACAAAUGUGUCAAGGAUACGGCUACAUACAAAAUCAUUUGUGAAGGCCAGACGAAUUUCAAGGAGGAUGGAAAAGAACCUGAUUGUCACCCAAGAGGUGGCUUUGGCUUUCCCCGAUGGCUUGAGGUAACCUCAGCAGCUGGCGUAAUUAGACCUGAAGAAUUUGUGGAGGUCUCAGUAAAUCACAGAGACGUCCUUACCCUAGAAGAGUUUGUUGAUGGCAUCCCACAAAACUGGUGGAGUGAAGACACCAGAGACAAGGAAGUGAUCUUGGUCGUAAAAGUUCGUGGCGGUUGCUCAACCCAAACACAUAGUCACCGAAUCCUGGUUCGUCACUGCUACUCGGGUCAGACAAUCCGUAUUGACACGAAGUCCAACAUUUCUAAAAAGAAUCAAGUUCCAGUUCAACGGCCUGAAUUCCGGCAACAAUCAAGCACUUUCUCUAAUGUGGUUGACGACUUUUAAAAUUUUAAAAACCUAUGAAGCAAAACAAAGAGAAAUAGUAUACUGCAGAUACAUAUGCAUCACCUGGGAGAGUGCUUGGACCAGAAAACUUGAUGUAAAUACUUCUUUGGGAGCCUGCUUGCCAGAUACAAUCAUCUUAGAACAAGGUUCGAUUGUUGACAAUUAUCCAUUUUAUUCAAUUACUUGACCUCAAGCUUUUAAGCCAAAGCGCAUGUAAUUUUGGACAAAUGAUCCAUUCGAAAAUGUGUAAAGCAAAAUGUACAAGCAACAAUUCAGAGCUGUUUAGUUUCUUACAAUUACUAAUAUGUUCUCCAA